AUCUGACCGUGUCUUUCCAUUUCUCUGGCUUCACGUUACCAGAAAUGUGCAGCUCAUUUCAUGUGACAUUUAUUCAAGGUGACUGAGCGAUUUCACCUCCCGCCUCCAGCAAGUGCGACAAACAAGAAAAGAUCAACGAUCAAUCACGUUUUCCGUGAAGUCAAGUCCAAGUAACGUCCCACCUCAAGCACGAGCUAGGGAAAUGAAGCACAUUAUCAAUCCCUAUGAAAACACCAACCAUACAGCAAGCAAUAACUCAGACUGCCCUCGCGUGGUUUUGCCAGAAGAGAUAUUUUUCACAAUAUCCGUGGUUGGAGUUUUGGAGAACCUGAUUGUCCUUCUGGCUGUGUUCAAGAAUAAGAACCUCCAGGCGCCCAUGUACUUUUUCAUUUGUAGUUUGGCCAUUUCUGACAUGUUGGGCAGCCUGUAUAAGAUCUUGGAAAAUAUCCUGAUCAUAUUCAGAAACAUGGGUUAUCUCAAGCCUCGUGGCAAUUUUGAAACCACGGCCGAUGACAUCAUCGACUCCCUGUUCGUCCUCUCUCUGCUUGGCUCCAUUUUCAGCCUGUCUGUGAUCGCUGCUGACCGCUACAUCACCAUCUUCCACGCUCUGCAGUACCACAGCAUCGUGACCAUGCGCCGCACCGUCAUCGUCCUGACGGUCAUCUGGACCUUCUGCACAGGGAGCGGCAUCGCCAUGGUGAUCUUCUCCCAUCACGUCCCCACAGUGAUCACCUUCACGUCGCUGUUUCCUCUGAUGUUGGUCUUCAUCCUGUGCCUCUAUGUGCACAUGUUCCUGCUGGCCCGGUCCCACGCCAGGAAGAUUUCGACCCUCCCCAGAGCCAACAUGAAAGGGGCCAUCACACUGACCAUCCUGCUUGGGGUCUUCAUCUUCUGUUGGGCCCCCUUUGUCCUUCAUGUCCUCUUAAUGACAUUCUGCCCAAAUAACCCUUACUGUGCUUGCUACAUGUCUCUCUUCCAGGUGAAUGGUAUGUUGAUCAUGUGCAAUGCAGUAAUUGACCCCUUUAUAUACGCCUUCCGGAGCCCAGAGCUCAGGGAUGCAUUCAAGAAGAUGAUCUUCUGCAGCAGGUGCCGGUAG